ACAAGUCCCAUAAACCAAAACUCCAAAGCCUAAAAAUAAAGGUAGAAAAAACAACAAAACAGAGAGAGAAAAAAAAUGGUUAUGUUUACAAUGGCCAAGGGUGGUGUGGCUAGUAACAUUCCAGUAAUCGACAUGCAAGAUUUUCCUGCACAAUCUGGGAAACUAAUGGAUGCAUGUAGGGAAUGGGGGUGUUUUAGGGUUAUAAACCACGGUAUUUCGCCGGCGUUGAUGGGGGAAAUGAAGGUGGUGUCGCGAUCGUUGAUUGAUUUGCCGGUGGAGAUCAAGCUGAGGAACUCUGAUCCGGUGCAUGGGAAAGGGUACACCCCCCUAAAUGCUUUUAGUCCUGUUUUUGAAGCGUUGGGGUGCUAUGACUUGGCUGCCCCUGGAAAUCUUGAUAAAUUUUUUGAUCAACUUUGCGUCUCUGAUCCUCGCCAAAGGGAGAUCAUGACGACAUAUUUAAAAGUCACACACGACCUUGGGAUGGACAUGGGCCGUAAGUUGCUCCAAGGCUUAGGACUCUCUGGUGACCUAUUCAAUGGGUGGCCUUGUCAACUUAGAAUCAACAAAUACAACUGCACUCCUGAGUAUGUUGGUUCCACCGGUGCCGCUUUGCACACGGACCCCGGGUUCCUCACCAUAUUACAGGACGAUGAAAUUAUCGGUGGCCUAGAAGCAGUGCGCAAGGAUACCGGGGAAUACGUCCCUGUUGAUCCAAUGCCCGGUUCUCUGGUCGUCAACCUUGGAGACCUCGCAGCGAUAUGGAGCAACGGGAGACUCUGGAACGUGAAGCACAGAGUGCAAUGUUACGAAGGAUCAGUACGACUGUCGAUAGCAUUUUUCGUGUUGGGACCGAAGGAUGGGGCACUCGGUGCACCGGAGGAGCUGGUGGACUCAGAACACCCUCGUUUGUACAAGCCUAUGAAUUUCGAAGAGUAUCGAAUGCUCCGUAUUAAAACCAAAUGCCCUACUGGCCUAAUCGAGGUCUUGCGUGUCGAAUCCUGAAAGUUAAUUAAAUAUAUCCAUCCGUAUGUUGUGUUCUUUUUCAUACACUGAGAAAUAAAUUAAGGGAUUGGAGAAUAAAUGACAGACAUUUAUCAAGUUAAAUUAAUACUUGUGUUUGGAAUUUCGAUGUUCGUUAAAAUAAUUUUGUUUGGCGAUAUUCAUUUAAAUUCGUGCAUCUAUUCUGUCCAAA